AAUGUGGUGAAGGAGCACAUCCAGAACUUUGAUUCUAAUCGCUGCUGCUGCUUUAACUCAAAAAAGAAUGGGAUCCUCUAAGCUGGUCCUGCUGCUGGUCUUUGUCUCCUGUGUGGAGCUCUCUCUGUCGGCCUCCUGCAUCGUCGACAGCUUCUCAGUCAAAGAAGACUUCGACCCCAAGAGGUAUGCAGGGAAGUGGUAUGCACUGCAGAAGAAAGACCCAGAGGGCCUGUUCCUGCAGGACAACAUCUCAGCUGAGUACACCAUCGAUGACGACGGCUCCAUGAUCGCCUCCUCCAGGGGACGGGUCACUCUGUUUGGCUUCUGGGUUGUGUGCGCAGACAUGGCUGCUCAGUAUUCCGUUCCUGACCCUGGCAUGCCUGGAAAGAUGUUCAUGAACUACCAGGGUCUGGCCAGCUACCUCUCCAGUGGAGGGGACAACUACUGGAUAAUCGACACCGACUAUGACAACUAUGCCAUCACGUACGCCUGCCGCACCCUGAAAGAUGAUGGCAGCUGUGACGACGGCUACGCUCUCGUGUUCUCCAGGAACCCCCGGGGCCUCCCCCCUGCAAUCCAGCGCGUUGUCCGUCAGAAACAGGAGGAGAUCUGCAUGGCGGGACAGUUUCAGCCCGUCCUGCAGUCAGGAGCCUGCUGAACAGUAAAGCAGGGAUGCGUGCCAGAAAGCUGCAGUCUGAAGUAUUUAACAAGAAGGAGAGUCAAAGUUUGCAUGUGUGAGAGAAAAUCUGUGUGAAAGAAUGACUGGAAAAUGAAAACCAAGUAAGUGGAUUCAAAAUCCACCCUUUUUUUUCUUGUUCUCUUCAUCAUCAUUCACUCAUCCUUGUAUCUUACUUGUUACGUUACUGGGCAGUGGAGUUUUGU